AGUAGCCCCCAGCGGCCGCCAUGACUGCCCCACCGGAGCUGCUCUGGAAGUGGAUGGAGCUGCAUGACUCGGUGGGCCUCUGGAGCGAGGCGUGGUCCUCGCAGCGGCGCCUCCAGUGCUGGUCCCGCCCACCCCAGCCCUCCCGCCGCACAUCGCUGGCCGAGCACAGGCUGUACCGGGCUGCGUGGGCCGGCUGCAUGGAACAGGUCAGGGACCUCCUGGCGCAGGGCGUCCCAGCAGACUGCCGGGACCUCCGGGGCUGGACCGCCAUCCACCACGCCGCGUUCAACGGCCACCUUCCUCUGGUGCACUUCCUGCUGCAGAAGGGAGCCGAGGUGGACGGACGGGACUCAUUUGGCUGCACGCCCCUGCACCGGGCCAGCUGGGCAGGUCACACGACAACGGCCGACUAUCUUCUGCAGGCGGGAGCCUCCCCCACGGUGCGGAGCUGCUCCGGCCACACGGCCCUCCAUCUGGCCUCUGCCAACGGGCACCUGGAAACGGCCAGGGUCCUGCUGCAGGGUGGUGCCCGCGUCUCGGCCCGCGAUGGCCACGGCUGGAGCCCGCUGGACUGGGCCGUGUUCCAUGGGUGGGCCGAUGUUGCGGACCUGCUGCUGGACGGUGGGGGGCCGCUGGAGGGACCAAAUGGGGGGCCGCUGCUCCUGGCCGCAUCUGCCGGGCAAGAGGGCUGCAUCAGACUCCUCCUCCACCGGGGCUCCAACCCCAAUGCCACACGUGCCAACGGGCAGACAGCCCUGCACCUCUGUGCCAUGUCCUCAAAUAAGAGGGUCCUACAGCAGCUGCUGAAGGGAGGCGCGAGUGUCGCUGCGGCAGACACUGACCUGGUCACGCCUCUUCAUCUGGCAGCGGGGACGGGAUCGCGUGCCAUCCUUCACCUGCUCAUCCUGAACAGGGCGGGGCUCGAGGCCCGAGACCGCCUGCACAUGACCCCUCUGCACCACGCGGCGCUCAGGGGGAACGUGGAGGCCACCGGGCUGCUGCUGCACUACGGGGCCGAGGUGGACGCCACCGAGCGCCUGGGACGAACCGCCCUCCACCUGGCUGCAGAGAAGGGCCACUGCGACGUGUUGGAGGUCCUGCUGGACGCCGGCGCCAACGCCACUGUCACAACGCGCUGGAUGGAAACGGCGAGCAGCAUAGCGCGGGAGCACAGACAGCAGGGUGCGCUACUGCAGCUCCAGCGCCACCUGCAGGGGAAAGGCCUGUUAGAGGUGUAACGGGGCAGCGCAGACCUGAUCGCGACCUCAUCGCGUUCGAUGUCAGCAAAAUCGUGUGCUUGUGAGAGGUGGAGUUUGGUGGCUUCGCCCAGGGCCGUCACACCGCACCCCCUGCUGCACACAAACUCUUAAUAUAUAUACACACACACACACACACACACACACACACACACACACACACAUUACGCUCCCUAACAUAAACCGAUGAAGUAUGUGUUAUGGCAAUGCACAGCGAGUCAGUUAAAGCUCCAGAUGACAGGUGUUUGAAUUAGCAAGCAGACAACGAUGGGGCCGGCUCAGUUACUGCUGCAGGUUGGAGGGAAGCUUCUGGAACACGCGCUUUCCUUACUCCUUACGUACAUUGCACUCAAGUUGAACGUUAAAUGAACUGUAACCGCAACAUGGUGAAAAUACAUUCCAACCUGUGUGAAUCUCAGGAAGAGUUACAAGCUGUAUCUGUAUUUUAAUGAAGUGCCCAAGGCAUGUUAAUCUUAGGGUAAGAGUCAGAGUGGUGUUGAUACGAUGACAUUUUUCUCUUAUUUAAAAACUCAAAACAGCAGACCU